AUGGAACACAUUCUGGAGCGAGCUAUCCUAGAUCACCUUACUUCCAGCAAUCUGAUAUCUCCAGCUCAACACGGAUUUCUCCCAAACCGCUUUUGCGUGACAAACACGCUCGUGUUUAUGGACAGCUUAACCCAAGCCAAGGACGAAGGACUCAUAUCGGAUGCCAUAUUUUUCGACUUCUCAAAAGCAUUUGAUAGGGUCCCACACGUCCCGCUGCUCCACAAACUCGAGUCUUACGGGAUUCAAGGGAAAAUCCUUCGCUGGAUCAAGGCGUUCCUAUCAGACAGGUCAUUCCGAGUGAGAAUAGGCUCAACCUAUUCCUCUCCAGCGCCGGUCUCCAUUGGAGUUCCUCAAGGCUCCGUCUUGGGACCACUCCUGUUUCUGAUCUACGUCAACGACCUCCCAGACGUUCUUGCGAGUCCAUGUUUACUUUUUGCGGACGACUUGAAAUCCUGGAGUUCCAAUGCCAGUGCCCUCCAAAUGGAUGUAGACGCUGCCAAGCAGUGGUCGUUGGACUGGAACCUUCCUCUGAAUGACGAAAAUUUACAGCCGACUGCUUCUCAGAUCAUACAGUCUAGGAAUACUGUUUCCGAGCGCCAUCAAGCAGCUUGCAUCGUAAUUUUAUGUCUUUUUCACUUGGGACGGGGUCUUUCAUUAGCAAUGAGUUACCGAGCUCUGGCUGAUGUGGUUCACAAAAUUCUAGAGGAAACCAUUCCUUUAGGAAAACACCCCAUUUUGGCCCUCGCCAAGACAGACCAACAGAAACAAAAAGCAAAAAGUUCCCUUCAAGUGACAGAUGAUGAAAAGUCUUCAGUCGUGUCGACUGCAGAGCGACGCAGGUGGUUGCGGGAGGCAUAUAAAAAACCUCAGGCGGCUGCCGGUAUCCGACAGACUAUUCUAACUCUAAACAACCCACCAUCUGAACAGUCCGGCACAAAAGAAGAAGUCGAAUGGGAACAUGCUCGCGAACGCCGACUACGAUUGCAGGCCACGCGCGGUAUAGUGGCUCUAUUCAAUUCUGUCCGGCAACAUCAGUCUUCAAUAUCGAGUCAACUGGAAAACUCCGACCUCUUGGAAACUCAAAAAGAGCGCAUUUUAACGGAGAUUACUACUUCCGACUUUCUUGAUCGUCUCUCUGCAGGACUUCCAAAAUCCAAAUUGUCAGGCUCCAAUCCAGCUUCCAGUACAGCGGAAGAAGGCGAAUACCAACACGCGAAAGCACAUACUAUCUCCCAGAAAGGCACCAAGCGUACCCUGAUCGUGGAAGACUCACUACCAGCAUCUAAUGCCUGUGGGGUCGAAGUGCUUCCUGGGCCUCCGCUCACAGACAUCGAGUACGCAGACGACAUAGCUCUUCUUGGAUCUGACCCCGUGGUAAUGCAAACAAUACUAAAUAAUAUAAAUAGUUCUGCCUCACGGUUCGGCAUGCGCUUCAUACCGAUAAAGUGUAAAGUGCUACUGCAAGACUGGGUGGGCUCCAACCCUAGCCUCAUGCUUGUGGACGAACCGACUGAGCUAGAAGACAAAUUUACUGACCUGGGCAGCUGUAUCAGUCCCGGCGGUCUCGCGAAAGAUGAUAUUUUCAUCCGGAUUGGGAAGGCCAGUACAGCUUUUGUGAACCUACGUCACCUGUGGCGCAGGCGUGACAUCAGCUUCUCUGUCAAGCGUCGAGUUUACAAUGCUGCGUGUUUGACCACCGACGUCUUCGGAUUAUUGUCCGAAUUUGGUGGGAACACUGGAUCAGCACUUCUGAAGCCCGCUCAAUUCCGAAAGCCUAGUUUGCCCAGAGUUGUUGUUGUAACCCAGGAAAGACCGAAGUCGAAUCCUACUGAUUCACCAACCUUCGACGAAGGUGAUAACGCGCCCAGCGUGAGGCGUUUGUUUGUUGACUACAGGACCCCAGUUAAACUUAUGCACGAAGCUACGACCAUACAGUUGGAAUAUUUCACUCAAGAAUGGGAGUCCUUGGAUAAGCAACCUCUUCGGUGUGUUAGCAGCGUGAAUACACAUAAAUGUUCCAGCCAGGGUGGAUCCGUCAAUGCGGGAGAACCUCUAAAAAAGUCCACUUCAGCUAUGGCCAAACCCAACAGACUACACUAUCAAGCAAGUGGAAAAGUACCAAAAUUUAGUAAGAUAUUCCGUCUCAUUCGUGGCACACCUACAAAACUGUCGCUAGAACACCUUCGCAACUGUUCAUUUGAGCAUCGAGUGUGUGUUGCUCUGCGGACCACAGUGAAAGAACUUCUACAUACACCGGAUCACAUUCACCGCCUUGCUCGCACACAGAGCCAUUCCAGUGAAAGUCGUAGCUUAAAUGGACUGUCUCCUGCAUACUCCAUUUCUCGUCUGUUCAGGUACAUGCUUGAGCGAAAUACAGUUUCCUUCAGAUAUCAGAGGGCGCUGCCCACGAGUACUGUGUGCUACAUCCCAACGCAGAUACCACUAAAUAUCAUUGAGAACAAUUCAGACACUUUAUUUCCAGCCAUUGAUCAGAUCAUCACAGGUCCCAUGGAUAUUAACAACUUGGACGAAAUUCGUCACCCGUUGGUGGUCUCCUACCAUUCAAACAUGAUGAUGAUGUGCGCCACUAUUAUAAGCCGUGUGGAAACGGUGAUACCAUCGAUGACUGCGCCGAACGCUCUAGUUAAAUUCACUGGAAUCUACCAGGUCCUUCAAAAUCACUGCUCAAGAGAGCAUCUAAACCAUGUGGAAACAAUAACACCACCAAUGACUGCACCGACAUCUUUACACAGGUUCACUGGAAUCCACCAAGUAUUCCAAAGUCAGAGCUCAGUAGAAUAUAAAAAGCCUGUCUUUAUAGUGGCUCCAAUUGUCACUGCUAAUUCCCCGCAACAUAUACAGCCCGUCCAAAACGUCUCGUUUACUUGGGACGAGAUUCGAACUGUCCGUACUUGGCCAAAGUCAUCGCAGGUGCUUCCCAAGAAUUUGGGUGCACAAAGACGAGUCACCUUCACUGUUGCCCGAUACCAAACUAAUCUCACUAGCAGUUUGGGGAACGUGUGCUUUGACCGGUGGCUUGAGCCACAAAUGCAUUCAACCUACAAACUACUUAUUCCCCACCCACUUUUCGAGAUGAUUGUUUCGACAAGAUCAGUUCAAUCAGGUUUCAGUGCGGAAAUUAUUUUGGGUCAUGCGCCAGUCUAUAAAUGGGCCGUUGAUGAGAAUUUAUUUGUACGUUCGAUCAACUGCCUUACUCAACAGAUCCCCGCCUGUCGGUCAUCGGAGCAUGGUUUUGAACGAUUGACCACAGUGCUAGAACAAAUCGGUCUACUGGAUUCACUGCAUGUUUGGUACCAAUAUGUGCUUCCAAAAACUUGGUCAGUAGCACAGGCCCGUCUGAAAACGGUCAACAACAAUGUUGUGGAACGCGGUUGUCCACAGCUGAAGCUGUUGUGCACUGAGGACAGUUUUGUCGAGAAAGACCAAGGGUCUGAUCAUCGAUUGCUAAGUGUGGCAAACUGUUUGAAUCAAUUCUUGUGCUGCACCAGCUCAGUGCAUACCGAAUGGGAUACUGCAUUAGACGUGAGACGGCUGACACAAAGAUCAUGGAUUAUUCAUUGCUCCUGUCUACAAUCCUCCGAAAACGAAUCGAUCAGUAACGGGAGCUUGACAAGCGAUGUACUACUGACCGGUCCGCUUGCCGUAGCUCAGUCUGACAAAGCUUUUUGGAUUGGGUGGUUGAAGCAGUGUGCUAUGGCAACUGUUUCUGGGAUUAUCGUCAAAGCUGGCACAAUAGGCUUGACUUUGUACGAUGUUGAGCCUCUUUCAGGAGUGUGCUUGGCACUUGCUUUGUGUGGUCUAAUUUGCUUUGGAAAGUUGCGCCAUUAG